AUGCCUCCAUCCCGUCCCACGCCCCCUCUCACUCACGGCCAGAUGAUGUCAUCACAAGAAAAUAAGGCGGUAUUUCUUCCAACGAGGUCCCCUCUUGUGAAUUUAAAUCAUUUCAGUCAUAGGGAUCCGUCUAAGAGACCCUUCAAUGACGAGGUCCCAUCCAGUAACAGCAAAAGAAAUGGGGGACCGGCCACUUUAUUCGCCUACAGUGUUACGGAAUUCAAUGAAUGCGGUCGAUGUGAAAAGGCUCGAUUGGCUGGUCUAGACUCCUGGAUGGAUCAUUUAGGGAAAGUUCAUACAGUCCCCUCAAGAUGGCCAAGUUCCAAAAUAGAUGACGUGGUAAUGGAUGAGGGACACCCUUACACCUCUGUCGUAGAUUCGCACAAGAAAAGAAGAUCAACGGGCGUCCCACGACCUCUCAACAGCUUCAUGAUUUUUGCACAGUACAUUCGCCGGAUGACACUUUCAAAUUUUCCCGACGCUCCAAAUGUCCACAUUAGUCAACAGGUGGGACGUCUUUGGCGGAACCUCUCGAACGACUUUAGGGAAGUCUAUGCAAAAGAGGCGCGUCGUCUUCAGAUUCUUCACGCCCUCGAGUUUCCCGACUACAAGUACCAGCCACGUCGGCGUCUUCGGCCCCUUGAUGGCGAAGACGUCGACCCUCAGCCCUCCCCUCUCCAUUCCGCAACCAGCAAAUUACCUUCAAACAUAAAUGUCAGUCGAUAUUUCGAAGAGCUUCUCCACUACAGUGACCCUGGAAUUCAGCCCAAGCCCUCUCACCCGAUUGGUUUUGACACCACGACGCGAUUGGAGUUGCAUAACAGCUUGCCGGACUUGAGUUUACUUGGUCGCGAAACUAACAUGGAUACGUUGACAUCUCUUCAGGAAGUAUCAAGGCAGCAGCAACCGGAAGAGCCAGCUACUUGCCAAUCUACUUUUCACUAUUCUGCCCACAUAGAUGGUAAUUAUAAUCGCCUAGGUUGGAUGGAAGACAGGCUGCCCGAGUCGUUAGGCUCACCUUCGACCCACCUACAGCCUUUCGUCACAUCUUUUUCACAAUCGAAUGACUUACUCCCAUCCAAUGAACACUGGUAUCAAUACCCUAAGGAGAAUUCCCUUGGGGAGGCCUUACCUCUUCCUGGAAUCGAAACCUGGACCUUUAGUGGCUCUGCCACUUAG